AUGGCUAUGCUGAUCGCCCUAGGGUCGACCUUGGCCUUGGUGCCUGGGAUCCGUGCUCCCGCGUGCCUUGGACGGCUGCAGCGGCAGCGGCUGCAGCGGCAGGUCAUCCCCAAGUGCAUCCCGCAGCUGCGAAUUCCCAAUCGCCCGCCCAAGAAGAGAGUUGCACAAACCAUUUCAGAGGGACGUCGCCUAGUGAAGAUCGAGAGUUUGAUGGAUGUGGCAGAAAGCAUGAAAGAGUUGAAGUAUGAGGAGGCCAGAGCAGGAGGCGCGCGGCUAGAUCCGAGGAGCAAACGUCGACCAAAGCUUCAGACAUUCAUGCAACGGUCACCCAAAGACGACUUCGAAGGCGCGUAUGGCAAAAUCACCGAAUAUGGCGGACAGAUCGCCAGAUGGCUUCCAGAUGUUCUCAGCGGCAACCGCGUGUGGAAGGAGCAGCUGGUGGCAGAGGACCUGGCGAUGCUGUUCGAUGCCUUUGAGGUGGAUCUGGAACAAGAGCUGGCGCCUGUGGUCAUUUAUGGAUUGCGGGAAGCCUUUAAGACAACCAACCUGCAAGAGAUCACCAUCAUUCUGGAAGCGAUGGCAACAGCUCGGCUCACCUACGAUGAGGCUUACAAGGUUGUGGGUGAGACUGGCUCGAUGUUCUGCUUGUACGCCCCUGAGGAUGAGGUGGCCGAGUUCGGUUUUGCCCUAGCUCUGGCCAAACAACGCAUUUCCAAGCAGCGCUAUUUGCUGCUGAAGGAAGGCAUGGAGAUCCAUUUGAGAUCCAUCCCAGGCAGUCGGGUUCGGCUCCUGGCCUGGGCUGCUUCAGAGGCAGGGACCCAACUUCCAGAUCUGCUGGGCGAGGCUCCUGGAAAGGUGGACCCAGACCUGGCGCAGCACGUGUGGUCCACCUGUUCACAGCUGGCAGGAAAGGGCCAGCUAUGGCAAGGCUGGCCCUUGCCGGUGGUGGAGGUUGCUCAGGUGUUGAUGAAGGACCAUUUGCAAGCUCUGGUGGAUCUUGCCAACAGCAAUGACCUAUGGCGACCAUCCGCGCGAAAAGGUGGCACCGGCCAGGACGCAGGGGCAGCCAUCGAAGGUUUCCCUUGGACGGCUCUGUUGGCGUCUCCCUCCCACAGAUCGAACCCUGCAGCCACAGCAUUUCGGCAGUGGGUGGCAGACUCUUUCCAAGCUCCGUUGGCACAUGUUGAGGCUGUCAGAUUAAUCCGAUAUCGCCACGGAGAGGCGCCCCAAAGCGCGCGGAGCGACCUUCGCCCCGCUGAUGACACUAGCCUUUGGCUCAGCGGCCAGCGUUUGGUCACGGUCAUGCUGCAGUUGAACGACAUCUCUGCGCAAGGCGGCGGUGAAACGUUCUUCCCAAACUUGCGAGAAGGAGAAGGAAUGCAGAUCCCGCUUCAAGCUGGAAAUGCCCUGGUUUGGCCUACUGUCACACGAGAUGGCGAUCCAACAGAUUUGACAAAUCGCAAGGCAUUGCCAACGGAGAACUGUGUGAAAUAUGUGGCCCUCACCUGGUUGAGGGCGCAGGGAUAUGAAGAUGUUGUCAAGAAUUUGCCGCUGAUCGAUCAGGCACUAGGUUGCAGCAUGCGCCUGUUCGCUUGCUGGUUGACCUUAGCCACUUGUCAUGGGCAGCUGACACCAGCUCAGCGGGAGGUGAUUGAGACAGCGAGGCAAUCAUCUAUAGAUGCCUCCACGCAAGCAGAAAACGAAAUCCUAGCAGUAUUUUCCACCACAUCAUUCCGCUGGGAACUGAAAUUACAAGGGGCAGCAGGGAGGCGCUUGGCUUCCCUCUCCGCAACGGAACUCCUGGAGAGGUUGAAAGUUGCGUUGCAGAAUCUGGAGUGGGUCACCAACUUUGGCUUGGACGCAAAUAGUUUGAAAUCUCAUCCAGGAGAAUCAGCCUUCAGUAUCAAAACCUUAGAUGCGUUUGGGGGUCGCUUCCCUACCAUGUGGGAACUGAAAGCCACCAAUUCCUCCAUCGUGGCGAACGUAUCGCAAGACCAAUGGGGUGUCAUGGAAGCCGCCGAAACGGGACUCUACCGGCUGCCGCCCUUCAGCAAAGUGCCACCGAGCCCCGAAGAGGCCAGAGAACGACCCAGGUACUUGGCAGGCAACACCCGACAGCUGGCCAUGGGCGUAAGACGCUAUGGUUCCAUCAGCGCCAUUCUUCGAAAUGAUGUCGUCCGCCAACGAGCAGUUAUUGUUGGUAGUGACACUGGUGGUUGGGAGUCCAUUUGCAACAAAUCCGUCACGCCAGUCCACAAGCCCAGCUGGUUCGCAAAGCUGGUUGAGGAUGCGAGCGUCAGCUGCGCUCCCGUGGAGCGGACGCCCUUGGGCGUGGCAGAGAGGCCGCUGCACAGCUUUCUGGCGAACGCGCGGACCUUUCGGAAGGUUGGUGGUGGGCUGGCACGGCAGAUUUAUCAAUUGUUGGGAGAAGACGCAGAUGUGAGGCCGCUCGAAGGAAAUAUGUAUAUGGAAGCAGCCCUCCUGGGCGAGAUGCGAGUCAAUGACACCAAGGUUUUGGUUGGCAGCUUCCCUGGCCUCUUUGGCUCCAAGAUGGGCGAGGACUUGAGGAAGUUCUGUUCUCGCCAUGGCGUGCCUCUAGCGUGGUCACUGAGCGAUGGCCAAGAAUGGACCAAAGAAGAAGAAGAGAAACUAGAUUGGUUGCCAUGGGAGCCCUUUGAAUAUUGGCACAGUGAUGGGGAAAGACUUUUAGAUCCCAUUGCUGGAUGGGCGCAUACCAGCCAGCCCUCCAGUGGAGGGAGUGCCAAAACACGCGCAUUGUGGGAGAAAGUUUGGGCCGAAGUGGCCAAGCAGAGGAGUCAGCUGCCACAUGGGCACUUCCUGACUCAAAGUUCCAUGAAAUCCUGGUGGAAAGGCAUCAAAUCUUCAGAUCUCCCAGUGCAGAUGCUUCGAGAAGGAGAGUGUUCUCCCAAUUUAUGUUUCGGUACCAUCCUUGCCGGAGGCAAUAGAACCUGCAUUUGCAGGGCUGAUGCGGUACAUGCUGGUGAGCUGAUGGUGAUUUGAGCGAGAUCAAAGCCUGUGCGGCUUUGCAACUAGGUUCCGAACCAGCGGUAUAGCUUGCAGCAGGCAAUGGCUCCUGAUCAAACCGUUGGUGCAAGACCUGAUGGGUUGUUCAACCUUGGCAUCCGACGUUGGAAUGCUGCUUUCCGGUAUGGCUGGUGAAAACACCCAGCCAUAAAGUUUCUGAAACAGGGAUCCCUGUACUUCAAGGGAUUUACGUCCUACCUGUGCAGCACAGAUCUUCCAGGCAAUGCCUUGGUUUGAAGGCGGUUGUUCUGUGCGGCGCACGACUCUUGCACCAAGGAUCAAAAA